ACGCGUAAGUGUAAAUCUAAACACAAAUAAAUAAAAACGUAACACAUACUAUUAUGAUAAUGUGUAAGAUUAUUGUACUAAAUUACGAACUAUUUUCUAAAUGUCAAAAUCAGUUUGAAAAACAGUAGCUUAUACACAUGUUAAAUGUAAAUAAUUUGCAUAUAGAAUCAGAGUUAAUAUAGGAAUUUUGAUUUUUCUAUUAGUGGAAUAUAUUAAAACGAUGAACAAAUAGACUGACUGAUUAAAGCUUAUGAAUAUUUGAUUAUGGAAAUGGUGUGAUUGUAUAUCGGAUGUCCUAUGUGAAGGAAAAAUCGAAAUACAAUCAAGGAUAGGACUCAAACGUGUAAAACUUAUGUUUGAAUUAGUAUUGCAUUACCGUAGGAAGCAUUAUUAGUACGUUCAGAAAAAUAUAGUAUAUACUAGAUUAGGGUCACCGCGAGUUGGACAAAAAUGACGGAUUUACAAAGAAACACCGGAAGUCCAGUCUCAGUUACUGUUUCGAGAGCAAGAAGUCCAGCGUACGGAAGCUGUACAAAAGGGAAGGAAUGUCUUCGAGCACAAGCAAGAACAAGAAGUACAGAACAGGGAUACAGACGCGCUGUUUCUCCAGGAAAUGGUUUACUAGGUAAUGACCUUUCCAAAACGACAAAUUCAAGCUACCGGUCAAGGUCAUUUGAAAGACGAGGAAGUGGAAGGUCGGGGAUUCCGUCCAUCACUGUAACGGGAGUUAACCCUAGCUCAGAUUUUACCGGUCAGCAAUCAUAUAGGAACGACAACUCUGAAACAGUAUUUAGCAUAGCUCGAAGUAGAAGUCCUUCCCCUUUUGACUGGAUUGAGCGAGAAAAAUUGCCAUGCGGUUCGCCAACUUUUGAAAGAGUGAAAAAUGACAUGCUUUCCGAUUCAGAAAGUUCACCCCGAAACUCAGACACAGAAAGCAUUGAAUCUCAACGAACACAGACCAAGAAGAAAACAUCAAAAAUCAAAUCAAACACCUAUCAAAAGAAUUCUUAUCAAAACAAGUAUAGAAAUAAGUUCAAGUACUAAUGCGGACUUAAGCUGCAAGAAUGAUAAAUCUGAAGUUAUUUCAAGCAAAACUUUAAGUAGGAGUUAUUUCCCCUUUGACAGACAAUAUGUUAUAUAUGGGGCGUACUUUUCCGGUUUUUUGUUGUUUUUUACUUUUCAACUGAAAGCUCAUGUGUAUGUAUAUUACAGUUCAUAUUACUUCAGUGAAUAUAAGGCUAAGCAGGCUUUCGGUUGAUUGUACCACAAUUAUUACAAAGAUGAAGGAGAGAAGUCAUGAUAAUGCAGACGUGAUAUUACGCUUAGCAGAUGAUGAUAUGAUGACUGAGCGAUGAUACGGCAGCACGAUGUUACUUCGCAUCUUCGUCAUCGUUCCAUCAUCUAUCCUCUAUCGUGCCGUCAUAUCAUCCCGAUGUCGUGUCAUCACUAUCGUUUCAUCGUAAUGUUGGUGCAUCGCUUUUAUCUUGAUGCGACAACGAUGACCCAAAGGAUGACGUGUUAUUGCCUCUGUCUGACGUCCGCAACCAACGACACAAAAGAAAAUAACGGAGAUAUCGUGGAUUCAAGCAUUAAGUGAUAUUUUUUGUCCGGGUGUAUACGCAUGCCAGACAGGACGGCGAAAAUACCGCAGGGUUAGUGCCACUGCUGUCGUGUAUGGCGCAUGGCGAUGCCAUGACAGUACAAUGACAUGAUGGUAAUGAAGCGAUGCUGGAGAACAAAAUAACAAAGUCACAGUUUUACAUCAAAUCACAUUAGGUACACCCGAUACUACGACAGAACGAUGUCACAAUGGUGAUGACAGUACAGCAUGAUGAAGAAGACCCUGUCGGUUUCGCGUCAGUUACAUGCUAUACCACGACAUUACGAUGGCUAUAACACGACAGCAUGAUGACAAACACGCACUGUUACGUUGCGUCUUCGCAAUAGCGCUGUCGCCCCAGAGUGACCGAUCAAAGGCACUUUGACGUAGAUACGCCCUAAUAUCACGUCAUUACUAUCGUACAGUUGUAUAAUCCCGUCUUCGCCACCGUGUUUUCGUUCAGUCACCAUUACGGCUUCGCUUCAUCACCAUUGUUCUAUCAAACUGUCAUGUUUUACCAGCAUUUUCUCGUACUGCCGUAUCGCGAUUACCUGAUGCAACAGCGAUAGCUCAAUUACCCUAACAGGACACCAUACCCUCGCAUUUUACGUUCCAAACUAUGGAACUAUCUGAGAUGUUCUGAAACUGGCUGUGUCUACAAAGUUUGUGUCUUCAUUUUUUUAUUGGUUAGUUUAUACAUAAUUUAUUUUGGGUCGAUUAUGUUAAUCACUCUCGACACCUCAUUCCUGAUGGAAUUCAUCGCCACGAGGGUAUGAGAGAAGAGAACCCAGUUUUCCUUUCAAUGCUGAGCGUCAAGCAAAGUGGUUACUGGUACCAUUUUUCACGUCUUUGGUAUGACGUGGCCGGAAUCGAACCCACGACCUCCACACUCGAAGCGGACGCUCUACCACUAGGCUAGCGGAUGGUUUUUAUUUGUUGUUAUGUGUGAUACUGCAAUAUUUUACAGUCUGCAUGAGUGUUUUUAUUAUUUUGUAAUAAAUACAGCG